AGAGCCCUCUACAGGGACGUCAUGCAGGAGAACUACAAGAUGGUGACCUCGCUGGGAUUCCCCCUUCCCAAACCUGAGCUGAUCGCCCGGCUGGAACAAGGGGAGGAGCCCUGGGUGCCCGAUCUCCAGGCCUGCAAGGAAAGAAGGCUUCUGAGAUGCACACAUACCGCAGGUCCUGACCGAGGGAGUGAGAAUGAGGUGGGGAAUCAUCAUGAGGAAGUUCCUGGGGAAGUGGAACCAGAGGGGACCUUUGUGGGAAGAGCUGAAGGGAAUUUUUCCCAGUGCUUGGAGCAGGCAGAAGCCUGGGGAAGUUGGCACAGGUCAGAGAGACUGCUGGGAAACAACCCAGGGAAGAAAGUGGAUGAAUCUAUUAACGGUGAGGGAGGAGAGGAGGAUCCCAGAGCGCCGCAGCCAAAUCCCAAGGAAGAGACACCCUGGCACUACCUUCAGUGUGGGAAAGGAUUCACUGUGAGAUCACAGCUUGUGACACAUCAGCCAAUCCAUACUGGAGAGAAACCCCUUCAAUACUUAGACCAUGGGGAAAGCUUCAAUAAGCAAACAGAACUUAAUAACCAUGGGAGAUGCCACACUGGAGAGAAACCCGCUCAAUCCCACGAGUGUGGGAAAUGUUUCAUUUCGAAGACACAAAUAAUUAGACAUCAGUUAAGCCACACAGGGGAGAGACCCCACAAGUGCUUGGACUGUGGGAAAAGUUUCACAGAGAGGGCAAACCUUGUUAAACAUCAGGCAAUCCACACAGGAGAAAGGCCCCACAGGUGCUUGGAUUGUGGGAAAAGUUUCAUACAGAGGUCACACCUUGUUAAACAUCAGGCAAUCCACACAGGAGAAAGACCCCAUAAGUGCUUGGACUGUGGGAAAAGUUUCAUAAGAAGGUCAGACCUUGUUAAACAUCAGGCAAUCCACACAGGAGAAAGACCCCACAGGUGCUUGGACUGUGGGAAAAGUUUCAUACAGAGGUCACACCUUGUUAAACAUCAGGCAAUGCACACAGAAGAAAGACCCCAUACGUGCUUGGAUUGUGCGAAAAGUUUCAUAAGAAAGUCAAACCUUGUUAAACAUCAGGCAUUACAUACAGAAGCAAGACCCCACAGGUGCUUGGACUGUGGGAAAAGUUUCGUACAGAGGUCAAACCUAGUUCGUCAUCAGGCAAUCCACACGGGAGAGAGACCCCACAAGUGCUUGGACUGUGGGAAAAGUUUCAUGAGAAGGUCACACCUUCUUAAACAUCAGGCAAGGCACACAGAAGAGAGACCCCACAAGUGCUUGGACUGUGGGAAAAGUUUCAUAAGAAGGUCAGACCUUGUUAAACAUCAGGCAUUACACAGAGGAGAAAGACCACACAAAUGCUUGGACUGUGGGAAAUGUUUCAUACAGCGGUCACACCUAGUUCGUCAUCAGGCAAUCCACACAGGAGAGAGACCCCACAAGUGCUUGAACUGUGGGAAAAGUUUCAUAAGAAGGUCAGACCUUGUUAAACAUCAGGCAUUACACACAGGAGAAAGACCACACAAGUGCUUGGACUGUGGUAAAUGCUUCAUACAGAGGUCACACCUAGUUCGUCAUCAGGCAAUCCACACAGGAGAGAGACCCCACAAGUGCUUGGACUGUGGGAAAAGUUUCAUACAGAGGUCACAACUAGUUCACCAUCAGGCAUUACACACCGGAGAGAGACCCCACAGGUGCUUGGAUUGUGGGAAAAGUUUCAUAGAGAGGUCAAACCUUGUUCAACAUCAGGCAAUCCACACAGGAGAAAAACCCCACAAGUGCUUGGACUGUGGGAUAAGUUUUUUACAAAGAUCAAACCUUGUUCAACAUCAGGCAAUCCAUGCAGAAGAGAGACCCCACAAGUGCUUGGACUGUGGGAAAAGUUUCAUAAGAAGGUCACACCUUGUUUAUCAUCAGACAAUCCACAGAGGAGUAAGACCCCACAAGUGCUUGGACUGUGGGAAAGGUUACAUACACAGGUCAGACCUUGUUAAACAUCAAGCUUUACACACAGGAGAGAGACCUCACAAGUGCUUGGACUGUGGGAAAUGUUUCAUACAGAUGUCACACCUUGUUCAACAUCAGGCAAUCCACACAGGAGAGACUCCAGAGGUGCUUGGACUGCGGAAAAAGUUUCAUAUGGAGGUCUGACCUUAUUAAACAUUGAAGAAUCCUCA